UCCUCUUCCGGUGUCUGUGCCCCUGUCCACCUCCUCUUCCCCAAGGUCAGAUCUCGGCCGGCGUCGCGCGGAUUUCCCUCUUCGGCCGCCGGAGUACAAUAGCCCCUGUUGCCCGCCAUGACCAACCCGUCUUCCGGCUCUCCGCUGCCUGAGCACAUCAUCAAACAGAUCCAGGAACAGGUCCGCGAGACGGAGCGCACACGGCUGCUCGCCAUCCGGAAGAACAUUCUCCAGGCCGAGGAGCAGGCGCAGGCGAAUGAACGCCACCGAAAGACCCUGGCCUCUGCGUCUGGCGCCCGGCGUUCGGGUGGCGCUCGAUCCGGCGAUCGGGCGUCCUCGUCGUCGUCCUCUUCCGCGCGCGGGGCGCGGGGCACCGGCGCCGAGUCGGCUCGGAUCUCCCCACCCAGGCCGCGUGCAGAGCGCCCUAGCCCGGCAAAUGCUCCCCCGGCACCGAAGCUCAGCUUCCAAGAGAAGAUGCGCCGGGCCCUGGCCAACACCAAGUCCUCGCUCGAGUCGACGUCGACCCUGAAUGCCAGCCUCGAUCGGCCGGUGUAUGUGGCGCCGAAAACCGGCACCGGGCGGCCGGCGGAUGCACGCCCCCGGCCCCGGCCGGCAGCCCCGCCAGUCCCUGUGGCCUUUGGCGCUCGGCCGGCUCCCGGCGGGACCGGCGCUUCCCCCGGCUCACGACCGACAUUGGCCAACAGCGCACCGCCCCCCUCGCGCGGGACACCUCCUCCUGGUCGGGCAGCUGCCUCGGCGGCCCCCGCGGCCGGUCGUGGGCCUCCCCCGGCGGGAGCCGGGCCACCAGGCGACCGGCGUUCCUCGGCCGCCGGUGGGCCCGAUCGGCCCGCGCCGCCAGCCUCCGGCACUCCGCCGAUGUCUGGCGGCUCAAAUGCCCCGGCUCGGACACACAUGCCCGGACGCCCGGGCCCCGGCAUGGCGGCGUAUGGCGCCCGGCGGCCGGAUCUGGCGGCAUAUGGCGCCCGGCGACCGGACCUGGCCGCGCGCGCGGCCCCGCCCGGGCGUACUCAGGCACCGGUUCGGGCGCGCGCACAGCCACGGCCCAAGCCCCGUCCGCGGCGCUCCUCCGGCUACGACUCCGAUGAGGACUUCCUCAACCCGUCGCGCUUUUCCGACGACCUGCAAAGCGACUAUGAUGAGGAUGAUGAGGAUGAUGAUGACUUCAUUGUGUCGGACGAGGACGACGAGGAAUCCACCGCGGCCAUCCGGCAAAUCCGCCAAAUCUCCGGCUACAACCCCGCCAAGUACCGGCAUCUUGAUGCGAUGGACGAUCGGUCGAUGGAAAGCGGCCUGGCGGACAUUCGCCGCGAGGAGCGUCGGAGCUCGCGCAUCGCCCAAGAGGAGGAUGCCGAGGAGGAAGAGCGAGAGCGGCGCCUCUCCAAGCGCCAGCGCUACUAGCCGGUCUCGCGCCAUCCUCCUCUGCCUGCUUGCGCACGCUGGCAUUCGCGCCAUAGAUUGCAUGCGCGAGUCGGCCGAUGGCGGAGGGGGGGGGGGGGGUUGCCUUGGGCCUCCUUUUCUCCCCCUCCGUCGCCCCUU